AUGGAUAAACUUGAAUCCGGCGAUAAGAGUGAAACAAAAGCCAAGUGUAAGCACUGUAAGCAAGUUUAUACUGCAAAAUCUUUAAAUGGAACUUCUCAUUUGAGAAGACAUCUUGAUAAGUGUCCUGCAAAAAAGAAUGUUUCAAUUAAAAACUUUAUGAUUGGGGGUCAAAUUAAUUGUGAAGGACAAUCAAUGGCUUUAAAACAUCCUAAAAUUGAUCCAGAAGCAGUAAGAAAAGCUAUUUGUAUGUUUGUUGUUGCUGGAGCUCAUUCUUUUUCAAUAGUUGAAGAACCCGGCUUUAAGAAUAUGUUUUCUACUGCUUGUCCCAACUAUAAAUUUUACAUCUGUAAUUGGAGAAAUGAUAGUACGCAAGAUGAGUAUAUUUGUAUAACUGCUCAUUGGAUUGAUAAUAACUGGAAGUUGCAAAAGAGAAUCAUUAGAUUUGGGGCAUUGACGCCUCCUUUUGAUGGGGUUAGUAUUGCUGAGGAUGUUUCUUUUUGUUUGGCUAAAUGGAAAAUUGAUGGAAAGGUGAGAUCAUUUACUUUGGAUAAUGCCACCUAUAAUAACACAAUGUGUAGCCAGAUUAAGAGACAACUUGUGAGGAAUGGAAUGGAACUUUUAUUUGGUGCCGUCCUUAAGCUCAUUGAUAGUGUUGUGGAUAAGAUUAGAGCAAUUGGUAGGCAUUUUAGAUACUCUAUUCCAAAGAAGAAGAAGUUCUAUGAAAUUGCUCAACAAACUUAUCACUUGAAUCCUAAGAAACGAAUGCGAGGGGAUUGUUGUGUUAGGUGGAACUCAACUUAUUUGAUGCUUGAUCGUGCUCUUUAUUUUAGGGCGGCUAUUGAUCAUGUAGUGGAAAAAGAUAGUGAAAUAAAAAUGUAUCUUCUUGAUGAUGAUGAAUGGAAAAAGGUGUCAGUGAUUCAUGACUUUUUAAAGUUUUUUUAUGAUGUCACUAAUGAGUUCUCUUCUUCCAACACUCCAACAACAAAUAUUUAUUUUAAGGGAGUUUGGGAUAUUCAAUGCAUGUUACUUGAAGCUGCAAAUGGGUCAAAUUCAUUUUUAGAUGCUAUGGUCAAAGAAAUGCAAAAGAAAUUUGACAAAUAUUGGUCCGACUACAAUUUGUUGUUGUCUUGUGCUUAUGUUUUGGACCCUAGGUUUAAGCUUAAAUUGGUUGAGUAUUGCUACACUAGUCUUUAUGGCAAAGCACGUGUUAAAGAGAAAGUGGCGGAGGUAAGAUCCACUUUGUGUAAUUUUCUUAAGGAGUAUAGGGAUGUGGAUGGAGGAGGUAUUGGUGAUAGUGGUAAGGUUAAUGGGGGAGAACCAACCACCCUUUCUAAUGGUAGUGGUAGAAUGGCAAACUUUGGCUCUUGGAUGAGUAGUCAAGAACAAAAUACCGCCGAUAAAACUCAACUUGAUCUUUAUUUGGAAGAAAAAAAUGCCGAUUACAAUUCUAAACUUGAUGUGUUGUCAUGGUGGAAAAAUAAUGGUGCACCUAGACAUCCACAACUUGCGGCAUUGGCUCGUGAUGUAUUAGCUAUUCCUAUAUCUUCCGUUCCAUCCGAGUCCGCCUUUAGUAUGGGUAAGAAGUUGAUUAAUCCUUGGAGGGGUUCUCUUACAUCAAUGACAAUUGAAUCUCUUGCUUGCUAUGAGGAUUGGCUUCGUGCAAAAGGUUUCUCUUUAGGUGGUUCAACCAUAUUUACCCUGCCACAAGAUGAACAAGAUGAUGAAGAUGACUCCAAGGAAGACGAAGAUUGCCAAAUUAUUGAGUAA